GACUCCGACAUCUGUGGUGUUCGAUGGCUAGGUGAUAGCCACAUCUUAGCAGUUGUUUCGAGUUCUAUGGGUCUCUUCUUUCUAUCAGCCGAGUUGCAAACUGUUCUUGCGGCAUUGACCUUGCCCUCACAGGCACCGUGCAAACGUGCUUUCCUUUCUACAGGUGUAAUUGGCGAUGUAUGCUGUCUCUCCAUUGCUCGAGAAGAUGGGGAAAUAGUAACGCUUCAAAUACCGGAAUGGUCUCUUCUAAACGGAUCAUUGAGAGAUUCCCCACUCCAAGAGUUGCUGCAAAGCGCUGAAAUUGUGCAAUCAGCGAGCAAAUGUCCUCUAAGUGAUAUCAUCUGUACGGGUGAUUUAUUGAUUCAGGAAGAAGUGUUCGCCGACUUUAUUUUUGUCAACAAGCCGACGAUCGGUCCCAAAUUGGAGACCAUUGCUCUCAUUGUCAAGAUGGGGAACCGCAUAGAAAUGCAAGUUCGAUCUAUGCCAUCUUUGGAAGUUGUAUAUUGCGUUGCUGUAAACGAGAGCACCGCGCUACUAAACGUGUCCGAAACUGCGGAUCGUGUGAUUCUUCUUGUAGAGUCGUUUUCCUCAAAUGUUGUGUGUGAAAAUGACACGGUUAAAGUUCGCGAAAUUGUGGAGGCUCAACCUGACAUGAAGCUUCAGAGGCUCAUUAGCAGAUAUCAACUGGAUCAAGCCGAGCAAUUUGCUAUUCAAUUCAAAUUGGACGUCCAGAAAGUUUACGUUGCAAGAAUGAACUACCACUUCUCUCAAGCUACCAGAACCGAUUCUGACGAAGAGUUUUUAAAAUUGAUGAAGUCAUUCGAAAAUGUGAAGGAUCACAACCUGGUCGGGGAAAUUUGUUUGAGCGGUGCUGUAACAUUCGAGGAUUACGAAAGAAUAACCAGCCUCCUUACGUAUGUUAAAAAGAGGGCUAUCACUGAUAGCGACACAAUCGCUCGGCUGUCACAGGCAUCCUACGUGUUGGCGACGUAUCGUUUAAUGAACGGGCCUGAAAAUGCAAAAUUUGGAUCUGAUUCUCUCUGGCACCAUUUUGUUGCUGGCAUAUUGGGAGAAGGGGAUUGGUAUAAUUUGUUCAUUCAUGCUCUGGAGAACGAACAAAUAAAGGAAGCGCGGAUUUUAUGGAAUCGUCACAUAUCUUGCAUUGCUCCACACUUCAGCAAUGACGAUGACAAGGAUCGCACGGAAGCAAAUUUGCAAAAGUUCUUCAGUGUUUUAAGGAAUGCUCUCCUGAGAGACAUCAACUGUUGGCGUGGCAUUAUAGCGUUUUUGGAGUUUGACUUCAUUCCGGCUUGUCUAUCGAAACUGCCAGAAAAGAUCUGUGCAAUGCUUGUCGACUUUCUACUUGAACUAGCGAAAAGGCUGGAAAUGAUGGAUGUAGAUGGCUUCCCGCUCAACGCUUUGCAUGCAACGUCAACUUUUGAACGUAUCCUUCAGAGACAAGUUGCUGAAACGAUUACGGGAACCCGUCAGGCAGAACUGGCGUAUGUGGGAUGUUUGCUUCGUUCUGAUGCCCAUGGGAAGCAGUCGAGGCUAACCGAACUCGAUAGGUACAGUGCCAAUCUCAAGAUGAUCGAGAGACUGAAAACGGUGUAUAAUUGCCCUCUCAGCUAUAGUACCUACGUAGGCUUGAAUUCUGAGCAAAUCUGUCAUCAAAUUUUACAACAAUCGGUGCAAAAUCCGAACUUGAUGAAAAAGAACGUGGAAAGAUAUGCACGACAGUUUAUGGCUGAACACAAUUUGGAUCCAGAUGAGACUCUCUACCGUUAUAUUGAGUCUAUUCGAUAUGCCACCUCUAAUAUGGCUCGAGGUUAUUGUUAUUUCGAAGAGCAGCAAGUAGUGGUCAUAAAGACUAAAAAUCAAAAAGCUUUGAAAGAGCAGCUGAUAGAGGAAGUGUCGUCACGGUCGCGAGGUAUGGUCGGUAUGAAGAGCGCUUGGCACGAUCAAUGUCUGAUGAUAUCAGAAACAAUUGCUAAUCUUUCUAUAAGAUCCAAAGCGGUUUGUAUGGUGGCAAAAGCAUCUCGUCCACCAUGGAACAAACGUCUGUCAGAGGCUGUGCAUAGAAAAUCUCUCGAGAAAAUAUGCCGUUGUGCGGAACUUGGCCAAAUGUUGAUGUCCUACUCGACCUCAGUUGCGAUGUUGGACUCCAUUAUUUCAACUGAAUUCAAUUUGAUCAAGUUUAUCCGCUUCAUGUUUACCCAGGACAGACAUAAUAUUGCCCAACGCCUUGUGGAUGCUGUCAAGGUUCUUGGUCUCUAUUGUGAACUGAACGAGAAUUACAAACCACGUUUUUCUCUAAUGUGGAUUUAUGUUCUGUACGCUGAUCACCUUCAACGAGCCAAUUCACCGGAUUUGACAGUUGUGCAGUUCUUGAACGAAUUGGGACUGGGCAAAGGUGAAAAAUUCUUGAGUGAUGUAGCUUCUUGCCUUGUUGACUCUUGGAUUAAAGAAAUCGACAGCGCCGUUACAAUAUGGACGGAGGUAAAAUGGUUUUUUGCUCAUUACCACGGUCAGUACUGCGAUCUGAUAGAAGUUCAGGAAUGCUACAAUAUGUAUGUAACCACUCCACAGCUUGAUACAAAGGAAUGGCGAGAAGCAACUUUGAAGAAUUUCAUUGAGCGUGAGGAGCGUUCGCUGCAAGAAGUUUUCGCCUUUUCAAGAACUCUUGGAAUGUCCAGAGACGAAGCCAGCCGACUGGCCAUAAAGUUGGCGAUAGAUUCUGGAAAUACGAUGGGAACGCUUACCAUUAUAAGGAAGGUACUGGUUGUCUCGAAUCACAUUCUAGUCGGAAAAAGCACCGUUAGUGGCAUCGUUUGCUUUGUGGCAGGCUUGAUUGGUGUACAUGUAAACUAA